AUGGCGGUGAAUGAUGGUUUUGAAGACAUGGUUGGGAAUGUUCAUGAGUUCAGGAGGUGCUGGAGGAGAUGUAUCCCAAGACCGCAAAGUUCAGGAUCACCUAUUCAUAAUGAUCUCAGUGUCUCCUUCGAAGACGUGCAAUAUGGAACUACCAAGAAGAUUCGCAUCACUCGUCAUAAACUCGAUGGAAGUACAGAAGAGAAGGUUCUUACAAUUGACGUUCAAAAGAGCUGGAAAUCCGUCACUCGUAACACUUUUCUACGUGAGGGAGACGAACGUGCUAAUACAAUCCCCGCAGAUAUCAUUUUCAUUGUUUGA